AGUCUGACAGCUUCUUUUUGUGAGAUGCUUAUACAUGAAAGAUUACAGAAACACAGAUUUCAAAACACUUUCCUUUGACUCUCUUCUUCUGACUUCCUGUGGAAAAAAAUGCAUGGGCUCUUCUUUGUCCUGGUGACGUGCACAGUAGGUGCCUCUGCUUUCAGACUUCAGCAAGUCAAAAACACAGAAAACUGCUCAGAUCACACCGUGUUUUUCAAACACUUCUAUGAACUGCAUGGAGAACCUGUGGUUCUGAAAUGUCCUUCCCCCAGAUACAAACAUUUGGAUUUCUCUGCUUUGACCUCUAAUAUCACAUGGUAUAAAAAUGGUUCAAACACCAUGAUAUCAGGAAGAGAUGAAGAUUCAAGAAUCUGGGCAAAAGAAAAUGCACUCUGGUUUUUACCAGUGAUGCUAGAAGACUCAGGAGUAUAUAUCUGCACAAGAAGGAACUCCUCUUACUGUGCCGAGGUCUCCAUUCACCUCACAGUUGUGGAGAAAACAGCUGCUUGGGAGAUUGCCUACCCCCAGGUCCUCUUCACUUUCACCUCUGGAAGGAUUGUUUGUCCUGACCUGUGGGAUUUUACACCAAACAGGACAAGCCUGGAGCUCAAGUGGUACAAGGAUGCUCAGCCUUUGGAAGAGAAUGAAAGAUUCAUCAUUCUGAAAGGUUCAGCGUCUCUGAUCAUAACAUCUGUGCUACCAACAGACGCGGGGUAUUACACCUGCAAGAUGUCAUUUCCAUUUGAAGGUGUAGCAUAUGAAAUCACCAGGAGAAUUCAACUGGAGACUGUUGAGCAAGAGAAGAGAAUUACCCCGAUAAUUGUGUAUCCAGCCCAAAAGACAACAUCAGCUGCUCUUGGCUCCAAGAUGACUCUCCCGUGCAAAGUGUUUGUUGGGCUGAGCAGCCAUUUCCAAACUGAUGUAGAAUGGCUGGCAAAUGACAGCAGCGUUGACAUGGUUUAUAAACAAAGCAGAGUUACAGAGGGGGAACGACAAGAAAUUGUAGAAAAUGGUGAGAACUUCAUUGAAGUACCACUGAUUUUUGAUUCUGUUGAAGAAGUGGACUUUUACACAGACUUCACCUGUCUGGCCCAGAACAGAUAUGGAUACCAAGAACUGCCAACAAGAGUCAAGCAGGAAGCUGUUGGUCUGUCCUGGUACAUUGCAAUGAUUCCUGUUGCACUGGCCUGUUUGAUCGUGGGAGGGGUGUGCAUGCACAAGUGGUGGAAGCAGAGAGCUGAUAAAGGAUAUACAAUACCAAAGGUGUAAAAUCUACUUGGCUCUCGAACUGUCAACAGAACAAAAAGUCACCCUGGCUAUCUCUCACAUCAGACACAGCAAGCAUUUCAGACCUGAUAUACUGCAUUCCCAACAGACCAAUAAUAACAUCUCUUUCCCACUUUUCUCAGUCUUCUAUGAUCUGUUGAAGUUAAGAAUAUAAGUUUGCAUUUUUAUGCUACUUAGAUGCAGGAAAUCUGGUUCUAUUAUUUUGCAACUAGGGUGCAAUCUGUAGAAUUUUGGAACACAAAAUUAUGCUCUGGAUAUGGGAAGGGUAGGGAAAGGGAGGUGCUCUCACCCUUUGUAAUUCCAAUAGAUAUACUGUUUUUUCAAAAAAAGGAUAAGAAACCCUUGAAGUCUAAAAUGAGAAGCUAAGGAAGCUUUCUACAGAAGGGCUAUUUGACACUAGAGGGAAAAAACUAUUUUUCUGUGCAACCACACUAAAUUUAUUUUACUUGAAUCUACAAAGAGGCAUUUGUUUUCCCUUUUCAGAGCCAAAUGCAGUUGUCACGGCAACUGUAUAUCUAUGAACUUCUCCAAAGAAAAACUAAUUUUGUUCACUAUUUGGAUUACACUCUGCUUAAAUAGACUGUCUCAGAAUAUCCCUCCCCCAGAGAUAACUCCAUCUGUAUAAUAUUCUGAAGGCUUUCCUCAUAAAUAAAUGUCUUCAGGUACUACACAAUGUAAAUAUUUUACAGAUAGAUUUGAACAAGUGACCUACAUAAUGUAAAUAUUUUACACUGAUCUGUAUCAUUAUACACAAGGGCAACAUAGUUUAUUUAAGUUUUAAAAAUGUUAUGUGGAAAAAUGGUAAACAAAUAAACCCAAACCAAAAUGC